AUGCCUUUUGGCCUCACCAAUGCACCUGUUACCUUCCAAGAUCUGAUGAAUGAAGUAUUCCAGCCAUUUUUAAGGAAAUUUUUGCUUGUUUUCUUUGAUGAUAUACUCAUUUAUAGCAAAUCCAUGGAAGAUCAUGCUCUGCACUUACAACAAGUUUUCUCUCUACUCAGGCAACACUCAUUAUUUUUCAAAUUGUUUAAAUGUGUUUUUGCUCAGCCUCAGCUAGACUAUUUGGGACAUCUCAUCUCUGCAGAAGGGGUAGCUGCUGACCCUGAUAAAAUUGUUGUUAUGACCACUUGGACAUUACCUGCCAACUUGAAACAGUUGAGUGGAUUCUUGGGUCUCACAAGUUACUAUAGAAGAUUUAUUAAGGGCUAUGGUACUAUCUCUAAACCUCUUACUGAUAUGCUUAAGAAAGAUGCAUUCCAUUGGUCUCCAUCAGCACAUGAAGCUUUCAAUAGACUCAAAACUGCAAUGACAAUAGCUCCAGCGUUGGCCCUACCUGACUUUUCAAAGUAG